CAAAAACUGGACCCAAAGCGGAAGUGACCGGACAGUGCACUGGACACAUCCUGGCAUCCUGCAGAACCAGGCCUGCGGUGCUGAGCGCACACCCUCGUCACCACGAAAACUACUCCGACCGCUCCGUCCGGAACUGAAACGCGCCGGUUUUUGUAACCAAGUACCUACCCUCUUAUUGUGAUAACGAUUCCUAUACACCUGUUCAGAACAGAUGUUCAGAUGCCUUCCAAAGCUUCUGUAUAUCAUGCGUUUCUGUUUGUGAUAAUUGUGUUGCGACACCAGCCCCAAGAGCCCGGCGAAGGCAAAGGUCCACUUGAGAGCAUUUGUGAGUACGAAACACAACAACUGUGCCCCGAAUGUUUCAACGGACCAUCCGUGUGUCGGCAUGCUGAUCAACUGUUUGAAGAGCAGCGCGGAAGUUGGUUCAACAAAAUUAACAACCUCAUGCACGCACACAGCACUACCUUGGGAACGUUUCGCGGUACGGAUCGUGCUGUUAUGAAGACACUGAAUCCACACAAAGCAGUUGAAUCCUUGCAGCGUGCUUUUUGUGAUAUGGUACUGGAGGAGAUCCCAUCGGCAAUUUCCCGUGAUGCUUGUAGCUGGUCAUUGAAGGGCAACACGAAAGAUAGCACGAUGUUUCUGAAGAAGGUUAUCCUGGACACUGGACGGAUCGAGGGAUGUAUUUUCUGUCCAGCGAAUGGUAACCUGGCGUCGUUACAUCGUUUUCUACAUUCCAUCGACCUCGAUCGAACAACAGGACUUUGGACACUGCUCGCAGUUCGCACUAACGUAGAAAUACUGUUAUUGAUGUUAGCUUCUAAGCACAAGGUCAGCAUGCCUUUUCCAAGAUUACUUUAUUAUUUCGGAUUCUCAUUCAUCGAAAGCUACGACGGUGAACCUUUGAGUAAGUUUUACAACAGUCCACUUCACAUACGUAUGCUGAUUGCACGUGAGCUUAUAAAGGCCGCAUUUGCCAUAACGGAAGGAAUCGACGGAUUUAGGUUUAUUCUCACAGACUUAAGUCCAGAUAAUGUCGCUGUGAGCAUCGAAGAAGAAGAUCGUAAAGUGAUAACCCUGUCCAUCGUUGAUCUGAACAAUAUCAUAGUGAUAGACAGUUAUGCCACCACAUUUGAAACGGAUCGACAUCAUGUGCAUAGGAAACUAGAGUGCGAAGGAUGCUUUGCAUACUCCCAAAACGAUAUUUGCAGCCAUUCAAAAAAAAAUAGUGACCUAAACUAUUUCGCCGUAUGUCAGCUGCUUCUAGAAGAUCUUAACGGAAACGCUGCUGCCGGGUUUUUGCACUACGAUCACCAAAACCUACCGAACGACUCAGAUGAAAGUGCGAUACAAGUACGGCUGCUGCACACUUUUCUUCGCGAAUGUGUCUACUGUCAACCACCGCAUUGUCGUGACCGAUCAGUGAUUCUCGAGGACAUACUGAAUGUCUUGAAUCGAUGGUCAUCUUGA